CAGAUUGUGGAACAGCAGCAAGAUUGUGAUUUUUUUGUGUACCUACCCAAGUUUAUUUGGUGAAAACAUUCUGAAUACAUACUAACUGGUCAAUGUUCGGGAUUUUAUUGUAUUUUUAUCAGUUUUCACUUAGAAGGUGUUUUGCAUUGGAGAGCAUUAAUUUCUAUGAACUCAAAAAGUGAAACUGACGAAGCUUCAAGGGGGAACGAAGCAUCAUCGUCAAAUAUUGAUCAGGCCCCAAAUAAUUCUGAAGGUCAUCCCACAUCAAGCUUAUGCCCAUCACCAGGAUCAAACAAUACUCGAGACAUAAUGAAGCGCGCUGCUGCUAAACAGUUAAUUGAGAGAUAUUUUUAUCAGUUGUUAGAUGGAUGUGGUAACCCUAACUGCGACAACCAGUAUUGUGCUUCAAGUGGAGAGGCUAGAAACUUAACUCCAAAUGAAGCAGCAGCAGAAGCUAUUAAAUUGUUUUAUAAGGAAGCACGUCUUUGUGACAGUCUGCCGAACAAAGUGCCCAGGACUGAGGCUAGUACCUGUGAGUCAAGUGCUAGUACAACAUGUGCAACAACUCACACAAAAGACAAAACAGAUAAUAAUUGCAAGGAGGCCAAUUCUGCAACCACAAGUGCGGCAUCUGUGCCAGAAAACUUAAAGCAGGUUGCACCUGAAACUAGUCAUAAUAUAAAUCAGCAAGAGGAAUGUAAAACAAUUAUUAGUCAUAAUAAUGGGGUACCACUAACUGAGGAAAGAAUAUAUCAGCUUUGUGAUGAGUGUCUACAGACUAAAAUGCCCCAACCUUUGGUAAGAGCUCUGGGGGAAGCAUUUACACAACCUGCUAUACUCGCUCGGUGUUUCCAAACGAAAGUAGCACAAGAAAACAGUAAUGAUAGAGAUAAAAGUUCAGACAAAGAAUCGAAAGCAAUGUGUUCGUCUAGUGAUCCAGAUAAGGAUGUGGACAGUAUAACAGGCCCUGGUUUGGAUGUAGCUUCAUGCCGCAGAGCCUUCCAGUAUCUUGCAAAAGUGCCAUCAGAAUACUACAGUUCAGCGUUAGUUACGGCGUUGACGACACUGGCGGAAAACCUGGAAAUCGACCUGAGGAUAACGAAGAAGAUGAGCCUCGAGGAUGCAGUCAAUUGCUUCGUGAUAGCGUUUGAGGUGCCUGACCUGGGAUGCAGUGACUACCUGGAGAUCGCACUUCCUGCGUUAUGUCAUGCUGCAGAACAUUUACCUGUCAAAGCUCAAGCCCGUUUGGCUCGCACUUGGGCGGCGAAUUGCCGCGACAGCCUCCGCCACAUAUUGGAGACGUUACAACAGCUGAUCACACUGAGGGUCAUAUCCACCAACUACACCGGCCACUUCCAAGUGCAAGACGACGAGAGCGUCACUAUGGCAACCAGACUCAUGAAGAUAUUAUAUUACGCAAAUAUGUUAGCAGGAGUAAUGGAAUCCAAUACACUACGAGAGGAACCAAUAGUUAUAGCCAAUCAGUUAGACCCUCUAGGUGAUGUUUUAGAUCAUAUUUAUCAAUUUUCAUCAAUGAAAAAUUCAAAGCAUGCACAGCCUGAUGAUCCUUUAGCAAUCGAAUUAGAUAUAAAUGUGUUAGAUGCCAGGAAACCAUACUUGCCAUUUGAAGAAUUUUACAACGAACCACUUAGUGAUACUAUUGAAAUGGAAAUAGACUUUGCCAAUUAUAAAACUGAGAUAAACAGUGGUAAAAAAUUUACGUUCCUCAAGUACCCGUUCAUCUUGACUACGGCCAGUAAGUCGCUCGGCCUCUACUACGAGAACCGCAUCCGCAUGCACAGCGAGCGGCGCGUGUCGAUGCUGCACGCCGUAGUAGGGGCUGUGCCGCCCAUGCCCUUCCUCAGGCUCAAAGUGAGGCGCUCGCAUAUCAUCGAUGACGCGUUAGUCGAGUUAGAAAUGGUGGCCAUGGAACGAGUUUUAGAUCUGAAGAAGCAGCUGGUGGUGGAAUUCGAGGGCGAACAGGGUGUAGACGAAGGCGGCGUUAGCAAAGAAUUCUUCCAGCUCAUUGUGGAAGAGAUAUUCAACCCAGACUACGGAAUGUUCACGCAGCAAACGGAUUCUCACACUGUAUGGUUCAACCCAACCUCAUUCGAAACGGAAGCACAAUUCACGCUAAUCGGCAUAGUGCUAGGACUGGCGAUAUACAACAACAUUAUACUAGCGGUAGACUUCCCUAUGGUCGUAUAUAGGAAACUCAUGGGAAAGAAAGGAUCUUUUGAAGACUUGGCGGACUGGAAUCCGAUAUUAUACAGAGGCCUAAAAGACAUGUUAGAAUAUACCGGAGAUGAUUUACAAGAAUUAUAUUAUCAGACGUUUAGGAUAUGUUACAGCGAUGUGUUCGGCAAUAAUAUAUUCCAUGACUUGAAGAAGGAUGGCGAUAGUAUAUUUGUAACGCAAGAUAACAAAACGGAAUUUGUGGAGCUAUAUGCAGACUUCCUAUUAAAUAAGUCAGUCGAGACUCAAUUCAAGGCGUUCCGACGCGGGUUCGUGAUGGUCACAGACGAGAGCCCUCUUUCAGCACUAUUCCGUCCCGAGGAAGUGGAAACGCUUGUUUGUGGAAGCAAAAACUUCGAUUUCAACGAGUUGGAAAAGUCAACUGAAUACGACGGCGGCUACACGGCCGAAUCCAAAACGAUAAAAGACUUCUGGAGCAUCGUGCACAGUUUACCUUUAGAGGACAAAAGGAAACUUCUAGAAUUCACCACUGGAUCGGACAGAGUGCCCGUAGGCGGUCUGAGCUACUUGAAGUUAGUCAUAGCCCGCAACGGACCCGAUUGCGACAGACUUCCAACCGCUCACACUUGUUUCAACGUUCUCCUAUUGCCCGAAUACAGCAGCAAGGAGAAACUCCAAGACCGACUCAUGAAGGCGAUCAGCUACUCCAAAGGAUUCGGCAUGCUUUAACGCUGGGAAAACGCAAAGAUAGAUAUAUUGUAUAAAGCCAUACUCGCGGUAUCUUU